AUGGAAGGUUUAGAUAAAGCCACAAUUAUGGAAAUUAUAUUGGAGAAUUCCAAAGGGUCAAAGUUUUAUGAAAAUGAACUAAGGCGGGAAAAAGCUCUUCGUCAACAAAUUGAACAAAAGCUUAAAAUUAUAAAAUCUCUUACACCAGUGAUGUUAAAAAGUGGUGAAUUAGAAGCAGAUGCAAUACUAAAAGAUUUAAGACAGAAACGAGGUUUUUCUCGACUCAUCGUACAUGUUGAUAUGGAUGCAUUUUAUGCAGCUGUUGAAAUACGUGAUCAGCCCGAACUUAGACAUCAUCCAGUUGCUGUCGGUAGUAACAGUAUGUUGUCUACAAGCAAUUAUAUCGCUCGACGAUUUGGCGUACGUGCUGGUCUACCUGGAUUUUUAGGCAAAAAACUUUGUCCUCAGUUGAAAAUUAUACCAUGUGAUUUUGUAAAGUAUACUGCAGCUAGUCGUGUAGUACGAUCUAUUUUAAUGGAAUACACUGUUUCUGCUGGAAAUACACAAAAUCCCUGUGAAUCAGAUAAUAUUCCAUUUUCAGCGGUUAGUUUAGAUGAAGCGUAUCUAGAUAUAACAGAUCAUUUGGUAGACCGUUGUGAUUUUCCUAUUGAACGACGUACGUUUUGGCCUAGAUCAGCACCUGGAGCACCUAUGCUGGUUUGUCGUUGUCGGUCACGUUCUAAACAUCCACAAUCUCAUAAUUUAAAUAUUAGCUGCACCAAUAACCAAAUUCCUAUAGAUGAUAAUUCUGAGAGCAAUUCUAAUUCCUGUCCAGAAACAGAUAAAUCAUCUGUUAAGCUAUCUGUACCUAUGAUAAAACCGAAAUACAGUGAUCCUGAAUUAGAUGUAUGCAUUGAAUGUGGAUUACUUUAUAAAUCUGGUCGUCGAAUAUUUGGUUUAUCAGCUUGGGAAGCUGUUCGAGAAAUGCGAUUUCGUGUGUUUUGUGCUACACGUCUUACUUGUAGUGCUGGUCUUGGUCCGAAUACAUUGAUUGCAAAAAUUGCCUCCGAUUGGAUAAAACCAUGUGGACAACAUGAAAUCGCUAAUACAUCAGAAGCUGUCGAUAAAUUUAUGCAAACUAUGCCUGUGAGAAAAGUUCCAGGAAUUGGACAUGUUACAGAACGUCGACUAGAUGCAUUUGGAAUUAAAACAUGUGCUGAUUUAAUUGAUAAACGUGGUUUACUCUGGCAUGUAAGCACUAAAACAUCGAUGAUUUACUACAUGCGUAUUGCAUUAGGAUAUUCUGAUGAUCGUUGGUUAACUAAUAUAAAAAAUCAUUUUGAUGAAAAGUCAAACAAAUCUUUUGGAUUUAUUGAUAAUGAUUCAGAAAACAGCGUUCCUUCUAUACAAGGUCAAGUAGAAUUGAAUAGAAAAAGUAUGAGUGUAGAAAGAACAUUUUCAGACACAUCCGAUGAAAAUGAAUUAAUGCAUCGUUGUGAACAACUUUCUCAAAUGUUAUCAACUGAUUUAAAAGAGGAACAUGUCAAAGGUCAGUUAAUCACAGUCAAAAUGAAAUUAGAUACGUUUGAAAUUCGAACAAGAUCACAACUCCUACCAGAUUACACUAAUCAUACAGAGAUUAUUAAUUCGUUUGGCCGUGAAUUAUUGCGUGAAGAAAUGGUAGCCUUUAAAUCAAAUCCAGCUGUAAAUAAACCACUUACUUUACGUCUUAUGGGCUUACGUAUGUCCAAUUUAUUACCAGUAGAAAUGUGUCCACAAAUUCGUCAACGUAGUGUUGAGGAAGCUUUUAUGUUUGCAAUAACAAGCAAUAAUAAUAAUCCUGAAAAAAAUCCCAGUACAAUUUCUAAAACUUUGUUAAAUACAGAAACAUCUAUUAAAUCGCAUAACAUGAUAUCUUCACCAAAAUCAGUUGAAUCAACAAAAACUAAACUGAAGAAGUUAACAAAAUCUAGUCAGAAAAAUGAUAAAAAGAAAAUAGUCGGUUGUAAUUCUUCUUCAUUGAUUACACAAUGGACUAAACCUGCUCCAUUACCUACUGAUAAUGAAGUUGGUUCACCAUCUUCGUCCAUCUCAUUAAAUUUACCACUUGAACCGUCGUCAUCCUCGUUAGCAUCAGCCUCAUCUUCUAAUAACAAUGUUGGUUACUUUUUUAAAUGUCCCGUCUGUGAAAGAGAUUUUCGAUUUUCUUCAGAAGACAAGGUCAGUCAGUUUAUAUAUUUAAAGAAUUUGUUUUUUCAAAGAGAUAAAAUGUCCUUUACUUCUAACAGAUUUGUUUAAAUCAAGGUCAUAUAUUAUGAUUACUUUAAAUUGUUUAAAUAUCUAUGUAACAACGUUAAUAAAAGAAAACUUUCAGAUUGUUUUACAUAUCACGAUGAACAAGUUUCUGUCGAUAGAAUUUGUUGAAUAAAUUGAUCAUUAAACAAUUUGGUGUACAUUCCAGUCUGUCUAUGAAAUUUACAAUAAUACCUUAGCAACUAUUCAGCUUAUUUCAAUUAUCAUUUGGACGAGUGUUUAAAUAGAUCAGCUAUUUUAGAAGUAGUCAAAGAAACUUUAACAAAUCAUCAAUUAUCUGAAAGAGAUGAUUGUUCAACUAUAUCACAGUCUAAUCAUUUGAAUUCAUCACCAAAUGAUAUUGGUAUUCGAAAGCCAAAAUUGCAAAAACUUGAAAGCAAACAAUCCGAAAACAGUAACCCAUCAACAACAAAGACAAUGACAACAACAACUAGUCAUGGACCUCUUGAUAGAUUUAUUUUUAAUUUAUCUAUUGUACAGUUUGAUGAAAAUUAUAUAUGAAAUUCCAAAAUAGAAGUUAUUUACUACUUAUUCAUUGUGAUUAUGAUUAUUUGAGUAGUUUCAAUCGUUACAAUAGUUUACAAACUCUGUAUUAUUUUUCUUAUUGUUUUCUAUGAACUACCCG